AUGCACUGUCUAGAUCUCAGCCGGAGGGUCAGUCAGAGACUUAGCAACCGGUGCUGGAGGCCCCCAGAGAGCCGGCUGAGCGGAGCCAGCCUCCCCCAAGCUGCAAUGCGGAGGCCAGGGGAGCGUCUCCGCCUGUUGCUCUUAGCAGCCUUUCUUCUUGCCGCCAGCAAGGAAGCAGAGACCCUGCAAGUGAGGCAAGAUCCUGCCCAGAUCCUGGCCCCGCUGGGGGGCUUGGUGGAGCUGUUCUGCCAGAUCGACGCUGCCCAGGGCUGGGAGCGGCUCCGUGUGGAGUGGCAGAGGGACAGCGCCCCGAGGGCUUUCUGCCAGGUCUUGCUGAACAACACCAGCGUCUCCAACUGCUGCAGGAGCAUGGGGGCCUGCGAUGACGCCCGCCUCAGCUUCACCUGGCACCCCCCUAACUUCACCCUGAGGAUUGACAACAUCAGUGAAGAUGAUGUGGGGUGGUACGUGUGCAAAGCCACUGUGGAGAUCCCGGUGUAUCUGGAUGCCACGGGCAAUGGGACGAUGCUGAAUACCUCAGGAGGCCUGGGCGUGGGUCGGGAGUAA